CUGCUUUUCCUUUCUUUGAAAUCCUCACCCCCGAUGCUGGCAUCAGCGAAUUGAAGAAUCUGUGAUCCAUCCUACCCGCAGGGGUACACGAGACCACCACCACCAUGUCGUCCGACUACAAUUACGACACCGACGCCCAGUUCUUCCCCUUCUUCGUCCUCACCGUCACCUCCCUCAUCACUCUUCCACUCACCUACUCUCUGCUCCGAGCCCCAUCGUCGCAGGUCGCAUCGAGCAGCAAAGCCUCUCAAAUCACCUCCACCUACCAGCCCGACAAUGUCGACAUCAUCGACAGCCAGCGCGCAAAGCAAAAGCGCAAGGACCUGCACCUCAAGAGCAUCCUCACCGCCGCGGUGGGAUGGUCCAUCAUGGCCUACAUGGUCUACCUCAUGGUCGUGACGGCGCGGUCGGUGCCGGAGAUCUGGAACCCGUACGACAUCCUGGAUAUUUCCAUGUCGGCGCAAGAGAAGGACAUUAAUCGGCGAUACCGCAAGCUGUCGCUCACCAUGCAUCCGGACAAGCGAGAGCCGAAUGCCGCUUUGAACGAGACGGCGGAGAGUGUCAACAAUCAAUGGGUGGAGAUUGUGAAGGCGUACAAGGCGCUGACGGAUGAAGAGGUGCGCAAUAACUACAUCAUGUACGGCAACCCCGAUGGAAAGCAGAGCACGAGCUUUGGCAUUGCACUGCCGCAGUUCAUUGUCGCGGAGGGCAGUGGCAAGUACGUGCUGCUCAUCUACGGCGCCUUGCUCGGCAUUGGUCUCCCAUGGCUGGUUGGGUCGUGGUGGUACGGCAUGCGGAACCAGACGAAAGAGAAAAUCCUCGUGACCAGUGCGGGGAACAUGUUCCGCGAGUACUCCCCCAAUAUGGAUGGUGGCGACGUCGUUGCUGCCAUUAGCAGUGCAACCGAGUUCAAGGAUAUCUUGAGUGGUACCAAGGCGGACGCUGGCCUGGGCAAAUUGGAGAACAAGCUGCGGUCUUCGGAGGCGUGCAACACCGCCAUGUUAUCCAAGGACAAGAAGAAGCUGGUCAACACCGAAGAUCCCGAGCGCCGCAAGACUCUCGCGUUACUAUGGGCCUAUCUUGCCCGCGUCCCGCUCGACGAUGCCAACCUUGAAGCCGAGAAGUUUGAGCUCGCGCCGACUGCUCAGCGACUCAGCGAAGCGUUCACCUCCAUCGCGCUCGCGCAUGGCUUCACAGCUCCCGUCUUCGCGUCCUGGCGUUUCGCUCAAAGCAUCACCCAGGCCGUCUCACCGGGCAAAGACGGUGCACCUCUGCUGCAACUCCCUCACUUCACCAUCACCAUUGUCGAUGAGAUCCGACGCAACUCGAAGCAGCGGAAACACAUGACCGUUCAAUCCUUCAUGGCCCUGCCACCCGAGCAACGACAAGCGCUUGCCCAAGCGGCCGGCUUGACGAACGAUCGCCUGCGCGCCGCAGAGAGCGUUGCCCGCCAGCUCCCGCUGCUAAAGGUGGAAAAGGCGUUCUUCAAAGUGCAAGGCGAAAAGUACAUCAUCCCUUCGUCAUUGGUGCAACUGGUCGUCAAAGCCCGCUUCAUCCCUCCAGGAACGACACAAAUCCCGCCGGUAAACGAGAAAGACCUCCUCGACAUCGACCCGGCGGACGGCGACAUCAAAGCCCAAAAGAUCGAACCCGAAGAGAACCCCGUGCCCCUCGCCUACGCCCCCUACUUCGCCCGCGACCGCGCGCCCCGCUGGCACGUCUUCCUCGGCGACAACCGGCAAGGCCGCAUCGCCGUGCCGCCCUUCACCUUCGCCGCCUUCGACAAGAAGCCCUUUGAUCCCGAGACGGGCAAGCCGACGUUCGAGGUGGUGACGCUGAAGAUGCAGUUCCAGGCGCCGCCGCAGGUGGGCGAGUACAAGUUCACGAUGCACCUUGUGUGCGAUAGCUAUGUGGGGUUUGAUUUCAAGCAGGAGGUUGUGCUGAACAUUGAGGAUGCGAGUAAGGGGUUGGAGGUGGAUUCCGAUGAUGACAUUUCGGAGCCGGACGAGGGUGAGUUUUUGAUUCUCUCCUUCCCUUGAUUGAGUCGUGUUUGCUGACGAUGAGGGUUACAGAUACUAUUGCUGGCGCCAUGGCUACGCUCAAGGGACAGCCGACUGCUGAUCCCAACAAGCCCAAGCGGGAGAAGAGGGUGAGGAAGGAGGCUGAGGAUGAGGAGAAGGAGGAGAGCGACUACGAGUCUGGCACUGACGAAGAUGAGGAGUCGGAGAGUGAGACGGAUACUGAUACGGACUCGGAUGGCGAGUAGGUGGGAUUUCGGCAGCCUGAUUCAGUUGGGUGUUGUAUCAUAGCAUCUCGCGAGCAUUGGAGGAGUCUGGUUUCGAUAGAGUCCGUUGACAUAUGGCAGUCACUGCCAAGGAGCAAGUAUCAUCGCUUUACCGCCGAUGCUGUGUCCACGCAAGACUUUUCUACAAAUACGUUUGGACAG